AUGACUCAAUAUGAAAUCACACAACGAAACAGUUCCUAUCAUCCUAUCCCUGCUCCUACACAUCCGUAUUUGAAUAGAAGUUCUUCGAGUGAAUGGUUAUAUCUUCAUAAAAAGCGGCGAUUACGAGAUAAACAGAUCAUGGGUCGAUUGUUCGGAAACCUUGCGAUUUUUCUCUUUGUCCUUAUGUUCGUUAACUCCAAUGAAGGUAGAUCACUGAUGUUCGAUGCCCUACAACCAACAAAUACCAAAGCUCCUGUUCAACACUCGGAUUUCGAUGUCGUGGAUUCAUGGUCUCCUGAAGAACAAAUACUGGACAAUGACCGACAAAAGCGAAAUUGCUUUCUUUAUGCUAUGAAAUCAAAAAAUCGAGCGUCGAAAUGGAUGUGUUGGUGA